CGGCAGUUACCGCAAAGGGACGACACUUUGUCGCAGCGUUUAAACUCCACUUAGUGACAGACACUGGACGUGCGUAUUCGCAGCAUGGGGUAGCUGGGGUACGUACCUACCCCGAUACAGCACUUUCUACGUAAUUUUCAAUCAGCAAGAACACGAUGCUCCCCCAACGAGCCGGUUACUUUCUGUCACAACCAUGAUACCGCACCGAUAUAACGAGGAGACAUCCCUUCUCCUACAGCAAGAGCAGCUGAUAGCAGCCAAGACACCUCUGCCUUGGGAUCAGUUCUGGAUCAUAUUGGUCUUGCAUUUUUCUCAGUCGCUUGUUUUUAAGACUCUUUCCCCAUUCAUCCCCCAACUAAUCAAAGACAUUGGCGUGACCAACGGAGACGAACAACAAGUUGGAUACUUCAUCAGCUUCCUGGACUUAUCAUACUAUGUCCCUCAAACGCUGGUUGUUCUCUAUUGGAGUCGACUGUCUGAUCGUAUUGGGCGGAAGCCUGUAAUACUCACUGCUUCAUUCGCGAUAGCGACUACAAUGAUAUCGUUUGGGUUGUCAAGAACCUUUCGCGGUCUGCUGGUCAGCCGUGUUAUCUGUGGGGCAUUCAAUGGAGAAAGUGGAGUCAUCAAAAGCAUGAUGAUGGACAUCACUGAUGCAACCAAUUUGCCAAGGGCAUACGGAUACGUGCCACUUCCAUCGAUGUUGGCCGCCAUCAUUGGGCCACUUGUUGGUGGAUCACUCUCACAACCAGCAGACAGAUUCCCUGGAAUAUUUGGGCAAUCUGAAUUCCUGAAAACAUACCCAUACCUUUUGGCAUGCGCUGUUCCAGCUCUAUGUUCCGCUAUUCUUUGGCUAGUUAUGUAUUUUCGUCUCAAAGAGAGCGCUUUGACUAAGGCGCCGUUUUUGGAGAUGAUGAAACAAUGGCUAUCGCAACGGUCAUAUUUAAAGCGGUCCGCGCUAUCGAGGGAUACUCUUAUUGGUUCUUUGGAAGCGAACACUGAAGAGGUCUCAUCAAAGUCACUUAGUGCUAUACUAACUCCGAAGGUCCUGACCGUAGCAGCAAGUUCUGGCACUUUGACCCUUUUUCUUGUUGCGAUUAACAAGCUUGUACCACUUUUCUAUGCGACGCCGAUUGAAUUCGGUGGUGUUUCCUUGGACCCUCCUCGCAUUGGCGUUAUAUUUGCAACAGCAGGUUUUGCCAGUGGCAUAUUCCAGUUCCUUUUCUAUGCUCGUUUACACGAUCGCUUGGGCGCACAUGUCAUAUAUAUGACUGGUCUCGGCUCCAGCAUACCUAUCAUCCUUUUAUUCCCGGUGAUCAAUGCUCUAGCUCGAGCCCAUGGGAUGAGCUUCGCGACAUGGUUGGCCAUUGGCUUUCAACAUGUGCUAAUAAUCAUCUUGGAUAUGUGCGCCCCUUGCAUAGCGUUGUUUACUAGAGCAGCUGCUCCUAAUCGUGCCUCGAUUGGAGCAACCAAUGGCGUUGUUCAAUUUGUUAGCGGAGCGGCGAGGAUCAUCGCACCAGUAUGUGCAGCGAGUUUUUCUUAUUCGAUGCAGGAAGGUCGCGAUGCAUGGUUGGCCUUCUAUUUCUACAUGGGACUUGCAUUUCUCGCUAUCGGUACUUCUUUAGCCCUGCCUCGUGACCCUAGUCUAUGGGAAGAACGCGAUUAAUAUGCCCAUCAGUGGUAUCUGUCGUAACAGCCAUGUCCACCUUUUUAAAACAAUGGGUUUUCCGUAACAGAGACAAUUAUAUCUGCUCAA